CCCCCAGCUGCCAAACAUUGUUGAUGUCUGUUGACCCAGUCUCUGAAGACAGCCUGAAAUCCCCCUUAGGUCUACCUUUCCGUGGCUUAUCUGAGAGAGUUUUACGCUUUCCACUUUUGAAGCCAUUAUACCACCUCCACAAUAAUAAAAUAAUAAUAAUCACCAAAUGCACCUUUGACAAUGUCAUAUGUCUCUUUAAGGGUUUUUCCAUUGUUCACCAUGCAUUCAAUAAGGUUUCUGUGUUUCCAUUUUUGAAGUUUACUUGGUGUAAACGUAUCAGUCAUUGUCCAUUAGCAGAAAGAGAAAAUUAACUUGAUACAAAAUGGCUGCCAGAAUUCACAAGUUCUC